GGCCGCUCCCCGCGGGAAUGGGGGCGCGGCCGAUGGGGUGGGGCGCGGAGAGCGGAGGGGUUGGCGCCGAAGGUUUUUGGGGUGGCGGCGUUGUCCCAGGAUUUUGGGAUUCUGAAAGGUUUUGGAGGCGUGGGGUUGUCCCAAAAGGUUUUGGGUUCCUGGCAUUGUCACCAAGAGUUUUGGGGUCACGGCGUUGUCCCAAAAGGUUUUGGGAUUCCGAGAGGUUUUGGAGUCGUGGCAUUGUCCUAAAAAGUGUUGGGGUUCCAAAAGGUUUUGGGGUCCUGGUGUUGUCCCAAAAGGUUUUGGGAUUCCAAGAAGUUUUGGAGUCACGGGGUUGUCCCAAAAAGUUUUGGGAUUCCAAAAGGUUUUGGGGUCCUGGCAUUGUCACCAAGAAUUUUGGGGUCGUGACAUUGUCCCAGAAGGUUUUGGAGCCGUGGGGUUGUCCCAAAAGGUUUUGGGAUUCCAGGAAGUUUUGGAGCCCAAGUUUUGGGGUCCCAGCAUUGUCCCAAAAGGUUUUGGGAUUCCAAGAGGUUUUGGGGUCUUGGCAUUGUCCCAAAAGGUUUUGGGAUUCCGAAAGGUUUUGGAGCCAUGGUGUUGUCCCAAAAAGUUUUGGGAUUCCAAGAGGUUUUUGGAGUCGUGGCAUUGUCCUAAAAAGUGUUGGGGUUCCAAAAAGUUUUGGGGUCCUGGCAUUGUCCCAAAAAGUUUUGGGAUCCCAAAAGGUUUUGGGGUCCUGGCAUUGUCCCAAAAGGUUUUGGGAUUCCAAGAAGUUUUGGAGUCGUGGCAUUGUCACCAAGAGUUUUGGGGUCGUGACGUUGUCCCAAAAGGUUUUGGGGUCCUGGUGUUCUCCCAAAAAAGUUUUGGGAUUCCAAAAGGUUUUGGGGUCGUGGCAUUGUCCCAAAAAUUUCUGGGAUCCCAAAAAGUGUUGGGGUCUUGGUGUUGUCCCCAAAAGAAGUCCCAAUGUUGUCCCAAAAAGUUUUGGGGUCGUGGUGUUGUCCCCAAGGAUGGAGGGGACACAGAGAGGGGGACAGAGCCACCCCCCCACACCGGGAUUUCGGGAUUUGGGAUUUGAGGAUUUUGGGAUUUCAGGAUUUUGGGAUUCCAGGACGACUCCCGGCCGACGGAAUCCUCGCUCCGCCAUAUAAACUCAUUAAUUAACGCCAAUUAAAGACAUUUCCUACAA